GUGUCUGGGUUGGGAAGGGUCAAGGACAGACAAACAGAUUCCCGCCCCCCUACCUCAAGGUGUUAGGGCAAGGGAAUUUCAUAGCCAACAUAGUGAUGGGGCCGGCAUCACCCGCCUUUGCCUGUCCAAGGGAUCAGGUACUAAUUUUGCAGCUUGGGUGAAUUGAAGGUGGCCUUCCAGAGUGAGAUCGAGUGGGACUCGAACUCACAACCUUCAGUAUUGUGGUAGAGCACCGUAACCCCUUGGCCACUGUGCUGCGAAAUAAAUAAAGGUGGGGAGAAUCAGUGGAGCUAAAAUAUCAGUAAAAACAUGUUAGAUGUUUGGGUCGAAAUCUGCAUGUGCAGUUUUCAAUGGUGCCAAGCUCCUACCAGUUCAUGCGGAAAUGAGCUCAGAAAGCUUUCCAUGGUAGCUCCUUCUCCUUAUGCAUGUGCACCAUAACAAUUAAACCUCUGAGUAUUUGUCACAUUUUAUACCUGUACAAAUGUUGCAUGUAGCAUUGGUCUGUACACAUCUGAAAGCUUGUGAUGUAUAAAAGCAAGCCAAGGUUUUGCAGCCUACGCUAUGGAUUACAUGUAACAGCACAGAAGAAUAGCCAUGGUGUUUGUAGUUAUGUUAGAUUCAUCAUUAACUGCCUGAUCUGCCCCUGAGGAAGACUGAGCUGCUGGUUGAAAGGGAAAUGUGUAGCACAAAGGAACUAACAGCAUUAUUGGAAUGCAGACCUUGGGGAGAAGUCUCAAAUGAAGUGCCAGAGCACCCCUGCGUGUCUCCGGUCUCAAACCACGUCUAUGAGCGAAGACUGAUUGAAAAAUACAUCGCGGAAAAUGGGACUGACCCAGUGAACAACCAGCCGCUGUCUGAAGAGCAACUGAUUGACAUCAAAGUUGCCCACCCGAUCCGGCCCAAGCCACCCUCGGCCACCAGCAUCCCGGCCAUUCUGAAAGCCCUUCAGGAUGAGUGGGACGCUGUCAUGCUGCACAGCUUCACACUCCGCCAGCAGCUGCAGACCACCCGCCAGGAGCUGUCGCACGCACUGUACCAGCAUGACGCUGCCUGCCGCGUCAUCGCCCGUCUCACCAAAGAGGUCACUGCUGCCAGAGAAGCGUUGGCGACUCUGAAACCCCAGGCUGGCCUCAUAGUCCCCCAGGCCAUGCCGUCUUCCCAGCCCAACAUCACGGGUGCUGGCGAGCCGAUGGAUCUGGGAGAGCUGGCAGGCAUGACCCCCGAGAUCAUCCAGAAGCUUCAAGACAAAGCCACGGUGCUGACCACGGAGCGUAAGAAGAGAGGCAAGACGGUUCCAGAGGAGUUGGUGAAGCCAGAGGAGCUCAGCAAGUAUCGACAGGUGGCCUCACAUGUGGGCUUGCACAGCGCCAGCAUCCCAGGGAUCCUUGCUCUGGACCUUUGUCCUUCCGACACCAACAAGAUCCUUACAGGCGGGGCGGAUAAAAACGUCAUUGUCUUUGACAAGAGCUCGGAGCAGAUCCUGGCGACUCUCAAAGGGCACGCCAAGAAGGUCACCAGCGUAGUGUUCCAUCCAUCCCAGGAGCUGGUGUUCUCUGCUUCUCCCGAUGCCACUAUCCGGAUCUGGUCGGUCCCAAGCGCCACUUGCGUGCAGGUUGUCCGGGCCCAUGAAAGCGCCGUGACGGGGCUGAGUUUGCAUGCCACUGGCGACUAUCUCCUGAGCUCCUCUGAUGACCAGUACUGGGCUUUCUCUGAUAUCCAGACAGGCCGUGUGCUCACCAAGGUCACAGAUGAGACCUCUGGCUGCGCUCUCACCUGUGCUCAGUUCCACCCUGAUGGGCUCAUUUUUGGGACGGGGACUAUGGACUCUCAAAUCAAGAUCUGGGACUUGAAGGAACGCACCAACGUGGCGAACUUCCCAGGGCACUCCGGUCCCAUCACCAGCAUCGCGUUCUCAGAGAAUGGCUACUACCUGGCCACGGCCGCUGAUGACUCCUCCGUCAAACUCUGGGAUCUGCGCAAGCUCAAGAACUUCAAGACGCUGCAGCUGGACAAUAACUUUGAGGUGAAGUCCCUCAUAUUUGACCAGAGUGGUACCUAUUUGGCCCUGGGUGGCACGGACGUCCAGAUCUACAUCUGCAAGCAGUGGACGGAAAUCCUCCACUUCACAGAGCACAGUGGCCUGACUACGGGUGUGGCCUUUGGCCACCAUGCUAAAUUCAUCGCUUCCACAGGCAUGGACAGGAGCCUGAAGUUCUACAGUCUGUAGCCUCUUUUCCUAGGAUCUGGGGGGAUGGGCUGUGUCCUUCACUGUAGUGUUGGGGUUAUUGGAGGGAGGUAACAUGGGUGGGUGGGGUUAUCAUUGCUUUACUUUGAGGUAUCAGGGGCAGGCCAACCUAGCGCGCCCCCUUCCCUGUGCUCAAAGGCUUUGUUUUUCCAGUUUUGUGUUUGUCUUUCCAGCUUAAUUCUGUUCUGUGAUUGUAACAAACAAAAUGGAA